GUAUCAGAAAAAUGUCUGGAAAUAUUGUGAUAUGAUUGUGAUAUCAACAUUUUAUUAUACUUUAAGUAAGUGUGGGUUUAGCAGGGGACUGCAGCAUCUUUUCCAUAUUUCUACGCCAAUCCCGGUGUAUGCAGUGAUAGACCAGACAAUCACAAUGGACAGGAAAAAAAUGGAUUCGCUAAUGAAAAAAUCUUAAAGAUGGGUUCGGCUAUCAAAACCUCUUAAAAAUGGACUCGCCAAUACAAACGUAUUCUCAAAAAUGGACUCGCCAAUCAAAACCUCUUCAAGAUAGAUUCGCCAAUCAAAACGGGAGAAUCGAGUGACGUUUCAUUCGCCGAGCGAGAUCACGGAAGUGGCGUAAUGUUGCGCCAAGGAGCGGAUUCCGACAGCCAGAUAACAGAUGUUUCCAUUUAUUUAAUCGACUGUCGAUAGAUAAAUAUCAAGCAAGAUAUAAGAGAUGCAUCACAUCCAUGUCCCCCCAGACCUACCUGAGAGGGCCAGAGCAAAGUGGGCACCCCAGAAACAGAUGUUUCCUUGACCUCCAGGCAUCAUGGAGCCAGCCUAUGUUAAUCCCACUGGGCCCAGCACUUUCAUCAUGCUUGCUCCCUAACCUAACCCAACUUUUAGUGUGUUAGUAAUCCCUGGACCCUCAGCCACCACCACUCCCCAGCUCAGCAGCACUCCACACCAUUCUCCAAUGCUCAUAUCAACCCAGCGGUGUUCCUCCAGCUUCUGCCAUCCAACCACAUGUGCCACGUAAAUCAUUUUCAUAGAGUAUAUUAGAAGAAUGGAGGCCAAGACUUACAAAAACCUAUGGUCACUACAGAACAGCAGAGACUGGACACACGCAAUACAAAGGCACUAUUUAUUUGCAUGAUCAGUUGUCAUUUCAAAAUUUAAUUGUUGUCUGAUGUGGGACACAGACCGAGGUCGUCUUGUUGGCAGCUUCAACUGAAUUUUACAUAAAAAAAAGCUGAGAAGCUUUUGCUGAGAAAAAAUACAAAACAGAUACUUAUAAAUCACGUUUCUCUUUAUUUCUCCUUUCUUUUCUUUCUUUUCCUCUCUUUUUUGUCAAAUUUUUCCUCUUUCUUUUCCUCUUUUUCUUUCUUCCCCCCCCAACAGACUAUUGUUCCCGAGCUUUGAACUCGGAAUUGCUAUGUGGAAAGUCGGGAAGGUCUCCUCAAUAUUGCGUUCAAUAGCUAUAUGAUGUCAUGGUAAUGGCUACUCACAUUGUCAACACUAAAAUAUCACUUCACUACUUAAAUGAGCUACUCGUAGUAUUCACUUAAGAUCAAACACUUUAGAUCAACUAAUCAGUUUAACAUUAGCUGGUUAAAUCUGUUACACUGACUGUACAGUUUGUAGUUUUGUGAAAGUAAAUACAACCUAAACUCAUGAGCACUAAUGUUACCUGGCAGGCUUUUAUUUGUGGUUCAUGGCAUCAUAUAGUGGACAGAUGUGGACCAACCUCAUGUCGAUUACAAUAGAGGUAGAAAUAAUUAUCAGGCAAAAUCAAUUCUUAUUUUUUAAAUAUACAAAGUUAAUGUGUUUUUGGGAGUGUUAGUCAAUGUUUAUUAAAAUUUCUUGUUCAUGAGUUUACAUAGCUACAUGAUGGUUCUGUAACCCCAAGCUAAACACUAAUUCUACACUAGGUGUAAAGUUAACAUUGGGUAUGUUGAAUUAAUAAAGCAUUACAGUAAUGUGGAAUUAAUUUAAAACAACACAUUUAUUAGAAAUGUUAAUUAACUGAACACACCAUAGAUUUAUUGAAGAGUGUAAAUACUCUCUCAGUAAAUAUAUAAUGAUUUCUGUUUGUGUAGACUGCGUGCCAUUUGUGUAGUCCAGGUCCAAAUUGGUUUUGUCUUGAUGAUUAAUUAUGCUACUUGUGUAAUAGCUGAUUAAGUCGCUCUGUGUGUGUGUGUGUGUGUGUGUGUGUGUGUGUGUUGCUUGGCACUCAUGCAGCUAUAGAGAGGGGAAAGUAAGAGGAGAGGGGGCGCAGGCUGCGGAGUCCCAGCCAACUCCCCUCCUCUCUGAAUUAGGCAGUAGCGCUUCUUUUAGCUCCUGUGAGUCUUCUGAGCUGCUGGGAAUUCAUAAGCAUGUGAAAUUCACUGCAGCUCUCUUUCAGGAUUUUGACAAAGCCUGCCUUCAUAAAUGCUGGACCCUGGGGAAUUUUCCUGAGUAAUUCUGCAGAAUAGCUUUGCACUUCUUUGUUACUCUGUUAUUAUAGGAGACUAUGGAUUGAAAUGGUGCAAUGCUCCGUGAGACAGUGUGGCGAGUUUGGAUCUGUUGGAUAUUGAUGAGUUUUGGGCCUCAGUGGGGAGUUCAGAGCACAGGUGCACAUAGCUGCCACGAGGUUAAAACAGCUUUCCAUCUGCGGCAGAUUGGCCCUUUAAAAUGGGUCCCAGAAACAGCGGCAACAGAUGCGGAGCUCCAAAUCUGCAAACACCAGGGUCCAACCUGCUGCACACGCAAAAUGGAGGAGAGCUACCAUGCUGCUGCACGCAGAGGCACAUUGCAGAACAUUCUCUCCUACAGCCUUGAGCUGAAGUACCUCAUCAUUGGCCAUGCUGCAGCCGUCCAGGACACCUUCCAUUCCCUGCUGUCUUUCACACUCAACCACACUCUCUCACUCCUCGACCUUGCCUACGAACCAAUCGCCGCUGAGUCCCAUCCUUUAGUCUCCACCCUCUUCUCUGACCUCGCCCUCUACCUGCGUGGCAACGAUGACGUCUCUGUCGUCCGGUCUGUGCGACACUUUUUUGAUGAGCUAUUCCCACUGGUCUAUCGACACCUGGUGAACCCAGGGCUGGCAUCCUCCAUCUGGUCAGCAGAGGGUGCAGAAUGCCUCCGUGCCACACGGCAAGACCUCAACCCAUUCGGCCCUCACCCGCAGGCACUGGGACAUGGUCUGGCACGGGUAUUAGGGGUCGGUCGAUCACUCAUGCAGGCGCUAACGGUGGGCGUUGAUGUCCUGAACGCCUCAGAAUCAGCAGGCAUGGCAAAAGAUUGUGGAAAGGCAAUAGUCAGGAUGCAGUUCUGCUCACAUUGCAAGGGGCUCACACUGAUCCGGCCAUGCCAGGGGCUCUGCCUGAAUGUGAUGAGGGGUUGCCUGGCAGGACUGUCAGAGCUGCAAGGGCCAUGGAGCCGCUACAUAGCUCUUCUGGAGGGCACAAGUGCAGCACUGGCUGGAGGGCAUGAGCUGGAGCUAACUCUUCUCGGUAUUCGUGAGAGGAUCAACGAUGCCAUUCUGAGUGCCCAGCUGAAUGGACCACAUCUCAGCGCCAUUGUGGAAAAGGUGUGUGGUCCUCUCACUGAGUCUGCCUCGUCCACUCAAGAAGGUCCAACACACCAGAGUCCUGCAGUCUUAGACCAGAGUUCGACUGUAGAGUCAGUCUCCUCCAUCCCAUCCUUGAGCCCUACAGUACAGAACAAUUCUGAUGAUCAUCGAGACAGCCAUGUUACACUGAGGAAAAGAUCCUUGCCUCUAAAACCUUCCAAACAUGACAAGCCCAGAAGUCUGAAGAAGAUCUCUAAGGAGUUUAUGAGUCACAUUCAGAGGUACAAGUCCUUCUUCUCCAUGUUGCCAGAGGUGCUAUGUGACAGUGAGAUGGUGCUAGAUGAAUACACCUGCUGGAACGGGGAGGACGUGGUGGAGAGUUACACAGGCUCUGUGGUGGGGAAUGGCCUCCAGGCCCAAAAACACAAUCCUGAGAUUAAGGUCAGAGGUGUGGACCCAGUUUUAACCGAGGCCAAAGAGACACUGGAGAGAUUUAAUCAGGAUAUGUGGGCUGAAACGGGACUGGAUGAUGAUCAGCAUAAACGCUUGAAUGUGGACGGCGGCAGCGGAACCGAAACCAGUGGCGAAUGUGAUGAUGAAGAUGGGUGUGAAGGUUCAGGAGAGGAUGAAGAUGAAAUAGGCCGUGUCAUCCCCCCCUUCUCAACUCCCUCAGUACAACAAGGUUCAGGAGCAUGCAGUACAGACUCCUCCUCUCUCUUCUCUCUGUCUCUCUUUCCCCUGCUGCUGUGUCUCCUGUAAUCCACAUAAAGCCUCAAGGACACAAAGCAGGACUGAAGUAUGCACUUGCACUGGACACUUAGAUGUCUACAUGUUGAUCCAACCCUCUCCGUCUUGCAUAGCUGCUCUCUACACUAAAACCUCCAGCUCCGGAGAAAGUGCCUUGUUUUUGAUUUCGUUUGUGUUACGAUUUUGCACAUGAGCUUGUGUGUUGUUACCUGCUUUGCUUUGAGUGGUAGCUUAUAGUCAACUCCAAAAUUAUUGGCACCCUUCAAGGCAAAAUAAUGAUUAAAAUUUUGUGUCUAAAUCAUCACACAUGCAGAGUUGUUGAGGUACUUUCUGACACAAUAUACAGUGCUGCCGAAUUCUCAAUUCUGAUUAGUCAGAAGGUGUUGUAUAAAUUUCUAUAACAGCCGCUCUGACAGUAGUGCAGCUGCAAAUUACAGUUUAUAUUAAUGCACUCAUUGUAAUAUGUUAUCGUUUCUAUAGUAACAACUGCUCCACAAUCAUUGAUAUGGUGUACUUUUCUAUAAAGAGAAACCUUAAGGUUUUGACAUCUUGAGGACAGAGGAUUUCACACUUUGUAGUUUCUCUGUAAUAUGUUUUUUUUUUUUGCCUUAUUAACCUGAGAGAGUAAAAAAUAGAUGAUGGUGAGGUAACGACUGUUUAUAGCUGCUAUAACAUAAGUGAUAAAGUGAUCUAGCCUGUUUCAUGGACGUUGCACAACAUUAAAUGUACCUAUAAAUGGAUGAACUGAAUCAUAUGUUGUUCCUUGGCAAAUUGCUGUGGUAUGAGAGGAAUAAAAAGUAUUUGGGAUGUGCUGUUAUGGGAGAAAUUCUACAUUAUGGUGGGAAUAGUAGCUCAAAACAUUUGCAGCUCCUUCUUAAAGUUUAAAGCUGGAGUUAUUAGAUGUGAUUCAGAUAAUAUAGUUUCAGUUUGAUUUGUGCAAUCUAAACUGACUCAUUCUGAUAUUGUUUAAAAAAAAAUAAUAAAAUGAUAUGACUCAGCUAGAUGAUGUCUUUGAGUUGACGUGUGAUGACUUAGGCAUGUAGCUGGCAUGAAUUCUUUACUUGUUAGCUAAAUUAACCUUGUUGUUAAGACUCAAACGUAUUUUCAACAUUACAUUUAGGAUAAGUCCAAUUUAAUUUUUGCCCAAACCGUUUGCUACUGUUCGAAUUAAAACUCAGCCACAGCCUCACUUCACAGUAUUGUGUAAGUCAUGUGGAAAGUCAUGUGUAUGAAUGUACAUAGGUAAUUAUAAUAGCAAUAUGUUAGCUCUAUUUUCAUUUAUAUUAGUAUAAUACUGGGAUGUUGAAAUUAGGUAAUGUAAAUUAGCAUAUUUUUGUGGAAAUGUAUGCAAAAAAAGGAAGUACAGCAGUCUGGGUUGUAUAUGGUGUGAGUAACCAAUAUAGAAUGAACUAUAAGAUAAUUUUAUUAAACUAAUUGAAAAUGUAUGUACGCAAAACCUAAUAAUAUUCUAAUUGUCUGAAACUUGCAGCAUUUCUGUCCUUGGUCCUAUAAAUAUUUCUUCUAUAAAUGUGUUUUAACAGCACUUCCUGGCAUGCUGGCUAAAGCAUGACACUGCUGUGACAAAGAUGUGUUAUGAGGAGCUCCGUCAUGUGGAAAUUGGUCGGUAAAACGGUGUCUUCAGGAAUAUACACGUUCCCUGUUUUUUUUUUUAGCCCAAUAUGUACACUCACUCUCUCCAGUAUGAAUUGUUCAUUAAAUUAAACAUUUUUUUAUUUAUUUAUAAAUUUAUAUUUCAGCACUGUGCAAGGUUACCAUCAAUAAGAGGAGCAGCUAUAAAUGUCAGAACUCUGUUAAUAAAUAACACAAAUAUAUGUUUAUCAACUUCACACAUCUUUCCUGUCCAAGAAAUUGGUCAAUUUAAUGUACUCCGUGCUCCCAGACACUCUAUCAUUAAUGCUGAUGGUUUAAUUAAGUGUGGAAUUUUUAACAGAGAUAGCUGCUAAUUAAAAUGGCAACAUGGGUGUCUGCAUUUCCUAAUAUUGAGCCAGAGGAAAGCACUUAUUCCCAUUGCUAAAUUAUUAGGAAAACAAUGUUCAUGUCAGCAGAUAGGCUGCAGCUGGGGUACUUGCUUUUUUGUUGUUGUUUGUUUUAACUGGGACUUAAUAUAGUAUUAUGUCUGAUUUUAUUGCUUUAAGUCUCUGAGUACCUCAAUCCAAGAUUCU